AUGGAAGACCAGAAAAAGUUUGAGCAGCUCUCCGGCGAGUUUGAGGUUGUCCAGCAAUCCAUGCAAAAACACAUUGAGUCCCGGCAAAAGCUCGAGGCCCAACUACAGGAAAACCUCAUUGUUGAGGAUGAGUUCAAGUCCGUCAAGGACAACGCCAAGGUCUACAAGCUGACCGGCCCCGUGCUGGUGCCCCAGUCUAUCGACGAAGCCAAGAGCAACGUGGAGAAGCGACUGGAGUUCAUCCGCGGCCAGAUCUCCACCGUGGAGGAGGAGGUUGCAAGUUUGCAAAAGCAGGCUGAGGACAAGAGAGAUCAGCUCCUGGCCCUGCGAGCCAAGCUCCAGGCUCCCCCGUCAUAG